AUGGCUUUUCCACCUCCUCACUUCACUCGCCUCCCACGUCGCCUGCCGAUCGAGUGCACCCACCCACCACAGUGCCCUGUGCCCGAGGCCAUUCCGUACGCACUGGAGAUGGCGCGCAGGAGCGGAGUCUUGUCGCGCUUGGCCGUCGUCGUCGUCGCGGCCUACUGCCUCGCCGCGGCGACGCCUGGGGCUGCCGACUGGAUGAGGGGCUCCGCCACCUUCUACGGCGGGAGCAACGCCGCCGGCACCAUGGGCGGCGCUUGCGGGUACGGGAACCUGUACUCGACGGGGUACGGGACGGACACGGCGGCGCUGAGCACGUCCCUCUUCAACGACGGGGCGGCGUGCGGGGAGUGCUACCAGGUGCAGUGCGACCAGGGCAGUUCCCCGAACUGCAAGCCGGGGGUGACGGUCACCAUCACGGCCACCAACCUCUGCCCGACGGACUACUCCAAGCCCAACGACAACGGCGGCUGGUGCAACCCGCCCCGCAAGCACCUGGACAUGGCGCAGCCCGCGUGGGAGCGCAUCGGCGUCUACCGCGCCGGCAUCGUGCCGGUCCUGUUCCAGCGGGUGCCCUGCUCCAGGAGCGGCGGCGUGCGGUUCACCAUCAACGGCCACAGCUACUUCGAGCUGGUGCUCAUCACCAACGUCGGCGGGCCGGGGUCGAUCAGGGCGGUGCAGAUCAAGGGGUCCAGGACCGGGUGGACCACCAUGUCCCGGAACUGGGGCGCCAACUGGCAGUCCAACAGCUACCUCAACGGCCAGUCCAUCUCCUUCGCCGUCACCGCCACCAACGGCCAGAAGGUCGUCUUCCAGGACGUGGCGCCCAGCAACUGGGGAUUCGGCCAGACCUUCACCAACUACGGCCAGUUCUACUAG